CAAUCUCACACUUCAAACCAACUCCAAAAAUAUCUCUCUCUCUAUCUAUUACAACCUCAACUUUCCAAAAACAUCAACUAUCUUUUUAUACAUAACUAAGAAGAGAAGCCCAAAAAUGGAUAAACUCCCAACAUGCGAGGCAAAUUAUGUAGCUCUUUCCCCCCUCACCUUCUUGAAGAGGGCUGCCGCCGUUUACUCCAACCGUGCCUCCGUCAUACACCGCGGCGUCCGUUUCACAUGGCGCCAGACUUAUGAGCGGUGUUGCCGCCUCGCCUCCGCUCUCAAUUCCCUCAAUAUUGUCCGCAACGACGUCGUAUCCGUGUUGGCCCCGAAUAUUCCGGCACUGUACGAGAUGCACUUCGCCGUGCCAAUGGCCGGCGCGGUGCUCAACGCGAUCAACACUCGGCUCGAUGCCAAAACAAUCGCCACCAUCCUCAAGCAUUCCGAAGCCAAGAUCUUCUUCAUCGACUAUGAGUUCGUGCCCGUAGCCCGGGACGCCCUGAGGCUCCUCAUGGCCAGCCUUCCCCAGGCUGACGCCGCCGCGUCGAUGCCCCUGGUGGUGGUGAUCGACGACAUCGACACCCCCACCGGCAUCCGCCUCGGGGAGCUGGAAUACGAGGCCCUCGUAUCCCAAGGCAAUCCGAGAUUCGUGCCGGAGGAAAUCGCGGACGAGUUAAGCCCCAUCGCGCUGAAUUACACCUCCGGCACGACGUCGGCGCCAAAGGGGGUGGUGUACAGCCACCGCGGCGCGUAUUUAAGCACCCUCAGCCUGAUCCUCGGGUGGGGGAUGCAGACCGAGCCGGUGUACCUGUGGUCCCUCCCGAUGUUCCACUGCAACGGCUGGACCUUCACCUGGGGAGUGGCGGCGCGCGGCGGCACCAACGUGUGCAUCCGGUCCACCACCGCCGCCGAGAUGUACGACGCCAUCUCCACCCACGGCGUCACCCACAUGUGCUGCGCCCCCAUCGUCUUCAACAUCCUCCUAGACGCCAAGCCUCACGAGCGCCGCCGCCUCUCCGCCCCCGUCGAAAUCCUCACAGGCGGGGCCCCGCCGCCGGCCGCCCUCCUGGAGCGGAUCGAGAGCCUGGGAUUCCACGUGGUGCACGCGUACGGGCUGACCGAGGCGACCGGGCCCGCGCUUGUGUGCGAAUGGCAGAAGAAGUGGGACCGCUUCUCUAACGAAGAGAAGGCGGCCUUGAAAGCUAGACAAGGAAUAAGCAUAUUGACGCUUGCUGACGUGGACGUGAAGGAUCCCGCUACGAUGAAGAGCGUGGCGCGGGACGGGGUCGAGAUGGGGGAGAUCGUGCUGCGGGGGAGCAGCAUCAUGAAAGGGUACCUGAAGGAUGAGAAGGCCACGUCGGAGGCCUUCCGGGGCGGGUGGUUCUUCACGGGAGACGUCGGGGUGAUACACCCGGACGGCUACGUGGAGAUCAAGGACAGGUCCAAGGACGUGAUCAUCUCCGGCGGGGAGAACAUCAGCAGCGUCGAGGUCGAGGGGGCGCUCUACAAGCACCUCGACGUGGUGGAGGCGGCCGUCGUCGCCAUGCCCCACCCCGUCUGGGGGGAGAGCCCCUGCGCUUUUGUUAAACUGAGAGAGGCCGCGGAGGCCAAGGAGGCGGAGAUCAUCCAGCACUGCAGGAAGAAUCUGCCGCAUUUCAUGGUGCCCAAGGUGGUGAAGUUUAUGGAUGAAUUGCCAAAGACUUCGACGGGGAAGAUUCAGAAGUUUCAGCUGAGGGCGGUGGCGAACACGUUUGAGGCUCCGGUGGAGAAGAGGCGGUCAACGCCGCCGCAGAGCAAGAGGCAUGAUCGUCGCCAAAAUCAGGAGCAACUUCUUGCUAUGUCUCGUCUCUGAUCAUUAAAUUGGAGAUAUAUAUUCUAGUUAAUUAAACAGGCAUGGAUCAUUGUUGAUCAGAUUUUUGUGAUACAAGAUCAAGUAUCGUUAUGGUUAAGGAUUCUCAUCUUGAUUAAGUGAGGAGGAUCAUUAGCUCUGUACCUGUAAUAAAAUGUUGGUGUGUAUUGAAUUUA